AUAAGUGAAGAGUGUACCAAAUAGAAAGAUAUUUUUGAGGUUGACUGUGCGUGUAACAAAUCCGAAAGUUUAAAGCUGCCAAACCGACCUUAGUUUGGCAUUCAAGAAUCAAAUUCGUUAAUAUAUUAACCCGGACAUCCGGAACUAAGCAAAGCACUGCUAAAAACCCGAUUAAGCAAAGCUAGAAAAUUUUCCUGUUCAGCCGCAGCCUUUCCUCGAGUCUCCUUCACAGUACUCGACAUCUUCGCACUAACUAGCAGUGCGAGGAGAAAAGAAGAGGAACUGCUGCAAUUUAUGUUGUACCAUUUUUCUGCUUCCUUAUUUCUGCUCAUUUCAUUGAUAAGGUGGAGUAGAAAAGUGCCGAGGGGAAACUAAUUCCCCCGGAGCACGAAAAUUCGGGCUUUCCCUAAAGAUUUCGGUCCCCGAAUUACGAUACGGGGCACUACAAAACCGGACUCGACUGAAAAGAAACGGAAACUUUCACAGUGUGCAUUAAAUGGUAAUGCAUGCCAGGAAACCGCAGCGUUUACUGAAUGAUGGAUACCACCAGUCCCAUCAGUAUCAGAAUUCAAAAUAUACUUCAUCCAAGAGGGAUUAUGAGCGAGAGGCUAGCCGAUCGGGCGGCUAUGGACGCGAUCGGGACUCGCCGGCAGGAAGUUCGAUGAACAAUGGAAAUUACAAAUCAAUAUCCCCUGACCUGGAUUCGCCGAGAGAUCGCGAUCGAGAGCGCGACCGGGACCGCGACCGUGACAGGGAUAGGGACCGCGGCGGUGGCGACCGGUAUCAGUACGGAAUGAGCAAAAUGCGUGACAAGGAUCGUGAUCGAGAUUAUAAAAAGGAUAAAUAUUCAGAUUCGCUACGAUCCCCGAAGGAUAAGCGUAGUCGCAGCGAUCGGGAUACGGAUCACCGGUCGAAUCAUGACCGACGGUUGAAGCUGUCUGUGUCCGAGAAGCGCGGUGGAUCUAGCUCGAACUCGGACGAUCGGGAACGGGACCGUGAGCGGGAAAGAAGUGAACGGGAACGCGAGCGGGAGCGGGAUCGCGAUCGUCUGCGUGAUCGUGAUCGCGAUCGUGGAGGUAUUGGGAGUGGUGGAGGCAGUAGCGGAGGUGGCGGAGUUGGUGGCAGCAGUGGGGGUGGCGGUGUGGGUGUAAGCGGUGGCGGUGGGGGUAGCGGUGGAGUUGGGGGCGACCGAGUAAAUCGCGUCGGCGAUUGGAGUGAACAUGUAAGCUCGUCCGGCAAAAAGUAUUACUAUAAUUGUAAAACUGAGGUGUCCCAGUGGGAAAAACCCAGAGAAUGGGUUGAGAAGGAGAGUAGAAUGAUGUCUAAGGACCAGCAUCGUGAGUACCGAGACAAAGACCGAGAGAGGGAACGGGAACGUAACGAGCGCGAUCGGGACGAUCGGUAUUCUUCGUCUGCUAGCAGCCGUUCAGCGGCAUAUGGCAAGCAUUCCAGCAGUAAAGUAGUAAUGUCGAGGGUACGGUGGUCCGGAGUGGAAUCACAUCGAAGACGACAUGAAGAUAAUCAAGAUAUGGACAUCAGUCCCGGUGAUUCAACACCGACCUCGGAAGCCAACUAUUCGCACUCGAGCACCCCCACUAAUCAACAAGGCCAUGCUGUAAACAAUGCCGGCACAACCAGCACUGAUGGCGCUCCGGGAGCCGGACUGAUGGCGAAUCAAUUGCCCCGGUUGCUGUCAAAUCCAAUGGCAACGCAGAGUGGUAUUGCCAUUCCGGUUCACACGCAACAUCAGUCCCAAUCGCAAACCUCGUCCGCCUAUACAACGUCGGUUUCCACCUCAUCUCCAUCCGUACUCCAGCAGCAGCAACCACAGCAGCAGCAGCAGCAUAUGCUUGGCUCUGGUGGCGACAUGAUGCUUAGCUCGAAUACUCCUGGUCCGCCAGGACCACAAAUUCAACACUUGCAAUCGUCACAGCAACAACAUGGGCAAUCUCCACAUACGUCCACAGCACCCGGUUCCGGUUCGAACGUUUCGUCGUCUCUAGCCGGCCUGCCGAAAAUUCUAUCGCAGAUUACUGGUAACAAGACGAUAGAACACAAUGAGCUAAAUCCCCAGAAAGCUCUACAGACUAUCAACAAUGCGCUAAUGAUGCAAUCCAGGCAGCAGAACCCGAAUGGUACUGCCGUCGGAUCGUCACUAGACAGCAAUAUAGGUCCCAACAGUUUGAGAGAACACGCACUGAAUUCACCGUUGUACAACGUUUCUAAUCUGUCUCACCCGACGACUCCAAUGUCCGGUGGCAGCGGUAUGCUGAACCACAGCAAUCAUCAGUCCAACAGUCUGAACUCUUCGAAUUCGGCGGCAAAUCUGAGCGGUGGAAGCAACAGUAGUCAACUAUUGAGUGGCGACGGUCCACCGACGCCGACACAAGAAAUGGACCUUGCACUGCCGGAUCAUCGAAAGAUGGAAGGCACCAGCACGACCACGACAAGUGCCGUCAGCAGCCUGCAGGGCGUAAUGACAUCGUCUCAGUGCGGUCGAUCUCAGGGACCGAACCUGACACCCAGUUUAGCCAAGUACUUCCGGGCCGAUCUGAUAUCCCACGUCACGGGAUGGCCGUCAGAAAUACUGGAGAAAACGAUUCAGAAGCUGUCAGAGGAAGCCCACAUUCUAGGUGAUCUACAAUGCAGUAAAGUAUCGGCAGAUUUAAAAUGUGCUAGGAGUUUAGUUAGAAUAACGGAAAUCACUGCGACACUGCAAGAACAGAAAAUUAUGUAUCUACGGCAGCAGAUUCGUAGAUUAGAGGAGCUAAAAUCGCAAAACUCUUUUAUGUCGUCUGAUGAUCUAUAGCGCUAUUAAAUAAAAAGUUAAAUUUAUAUAAAAAAUAAAAUCCUCACAAAAAAAAGAAAACCAGUCAUCCUUUCUUUUCAAAGGACGAUCGAGACAGGACUAAUUAACACUACCUAAUUCGGAUGCAUGUCCUACACAUACUGCUCUACAUAAUGAAAAAAAAAAAAACAAAAUUAACACACAUCAAUGUAUAAAGCUAGCGGGAAUUAAUGAAAAUAAUUCUGUUUUAAAUUUCGUGUCGACAUGUGCAAGAAUCAAACUGGAUCAUAUACCCUAAUGAUAAAAUACACAAUUUCACAAAACAGUAUGGUAGUAAGACCGUCAUCGUGCGUAAACAGAAAUGAAACAGAAAUCGUAUGAAUCACCAGCAACAUGAUUUUAAACUGUUACUAUUAUUACAUAUAUUUAUGAAAAAAAAAGUUUUUUUUUUCGAUCGGUGAAUACAACUUAUCGAUUAAAUGUUUGUUUUUCCGUUUUGUAAAAACAAAAAAAAAAUCAAAUCAUUUGAAACAUUGAUAGUUCAAUUCUACAUCUUUGCACUGACUGCUUCAGAGCAGAAGGAGAACUGCUAUGUGAGCAAUCUGCAGGGCCCAAAGCUGAGGCAAGCCGCUCUUCCGCGAGUUAUUACAGAAGAAAAAAAGACGCGAGAAUAUGCAACACAUUAGUUGGAAACUGAUUACAUUAAAAGCACUUUCUAGAGAAAACAAAAUAAAACAAAAAAUCUAAAAAGUAGUCUAAUGUUCAUGUAUAUUUCAUUACCUUUAAGUUAUCACUAAGACAACGUAUAAAAAAAAGAAAUCAAUUAAAUACAAACAGUGAAAAAGUUUCCAACCGAAGAGACAUCAAAGAGAAAAGCAAAAAAAACACUGGUACUCGUUUGAUCCGUCUUUUGCAGAAAACUCUGAUCCCACUCAUUCUCCUUUCUCGAAAGAAAUACCUAAUAUGCAAAACGCAAAAUAAUAGCGUAAAAUGAAAAUAAAACAAAACUAAAACCGGCGAAAUUAAGAUAGACAUUAACACAAUAGCAAGGCAGAAAGUAAAAUAACGGAAUAACAAUAGUCUCAAUACAUUAAAGGGCACUCUGCUUCAAAAAGAAAAGAGAAAAAAACAAGGCCGACCAACGCGGGCGGAAAACAAAACAAAGAAAAAACAAAUCGAUUUUGUGGAUCAUCUCUUUGGCGAAGAAGAAUGCUAUAUUGAAUCGUACAGCUAACUAAACAGCAACAGAUAGCAACAACUAAGCAUGCUACAUACAAGAGCGGAGCAUAAGUCAUAGGGAAGAAUAGUGAAGUUUAGUACUAUGAAAUAA